AUGAGUUUCUCUGCUGCACAUAUUUCUAAGCGGGUGUUUGUGGGCAAGCUGGGCUCCAACAUUAGCCAUGGCUCUCUAAGUAGUAUUUAUAGGCUUGUUCCUCAACCCGGCAACAACACCAGCAUCACCCACAACAUCUUCACUCACUCUCAAUACAACGACCCGGCUACAAGGCGCUCAUUUCUGCAUACGGAAACUUCACCUGAAAACAAAACAUCUUCCAUCAUGGCGGCACCUCAACCUCACAUCAAGCUGUACACUGACUCCACGCCCAAUGGAAUCAAGAUCACCACAGCACUAGAGGAACUCGGACUCGAGUACGAAGUCGAGCACGUUGACAUUAGCACUCUUCGCCAAAAGGAGCCCUGGUAUCUCGAAAUCAACCCCAACGGGCGAAUCCCCGCUAUUGUAGACACAUUCGACGAUGGCGAACCCAUCAGGGUAUUCGAGGGAGGAAGCAUCUUGCAGUAUCUGACUGAGCGUUAUGAUCCUGAGCACAAGCUGUCGUUCCCCAAGGGCAGCAGGGAGUACUAUGAAUGCAACAACUGGCUAUUCUUCCAGCACGGAGGUAUUGGCCCGAUGCAGGGCCAGGCCUCCCACUUUCUCAAAUACGCCCCCGUCAAAAUCGAGUACGGUGUUAAGCGCUAUGUGACCGAGACAAGGAGACUCUACAGCGUUCUUGACACUCAGCUGUCCAAGUCCAAGUCGGGAUAUUUGGUCGGAGACCAUCUUUCCAUCGCGGAUAUCGCCAAUCUUUCCUGGGUGAUUUUCGGCGAAUAUACCGAUGUCGACAUGAACGCCUUUCCACAUCUCAAGGAGUGGGAGGCUAGACUGAGCGCAAGGCCUGGAAUUUCCAAGGGAUUCCAUAUCCCCAAGGUACUGGGCAUCAAGAGCGAUGACCCCGAGGGCGCUAAAAAGUACCAGAGCCACCAUGCGGAUUGGGUGAUUAGAAGCCAGCAGUUGGAGCAGGAGGCUUUUGCUAGAAAAUAA